UCAACACUUUCUACAGAACUCUCAAGUUACAAAAAAUGGCUGUGUUUAAGCUUAUUCCUUGUCUUGUGCUCUUUGCGUUGUUUUCUUUUGAUGUUGGUGUUGCUCAUCCAGGUUUUGGGUUCGGAUGGGGAAGUAAUGGCCCCAGUAUUGGAAGAACUUACUCCUCGGGUCUUUUCCCACAAUUCUACCAAUUCUCUUGCCCACAAGCUGAUGAAAUUGUCAUGACAGUGCUCGAAAAAGCCAUAGCUAGAAACCCAAGAAUGGCUGCAUCUUUACUCAGGCUUCACUUCCACGACUGCUUCGUUCAGGGCUGUGAUGCAUCAAUCUUGUUGGAUGAUAGUGCUACCAUAAAAAGUGAAAGGAAUGCAGGACCAAACAAGAACUCUAUUAAGGGGUUUGAAGUAAUAGACGAGAUCAAAGCCAAACUAGAGCAAGUUUGCCCUCAAAUAGUCUCUUGCGCUGACAUUCUAGCUCUUGCCGCUCGUGGCUCAACUAUCCUGAGUGGUGGACCAUCAUGGGAGCUUCCACUAGGGAGGAGAGACUCGACGACAGCGAGCCUCAAUGGAGCAAACACGAACAUUCCUGCACCUAACUCGACAAUUCAGAAUCUUUUAACCAUGUUCCAACGCAAAGGUUUGAACCAAGAAGACCUUGUUUCCCUGUCAGGAGGGCAUACAAUUGGAGUAGCUAGGUGUACAACGUUCAAGCAAAGACUCUACAAUCAAAACGGUAAUAACCAACCAGACGAGACGCUAGAGAGGUCUUACUACUAUGGUCUGAGAUCGAUCUGUCCACCUACUGGUGGCGAUAACAAUAUUUCCCCACUAGACUUAGCUUCUCCUGCAAGAUUCGACAACACAUACUUCAAGCUUAUCCUCUGGGGCAAAGGCUUAUUGACAUCAGACCAAGUGCUUCUCACUGGAAACGUAGGCAAUAUUGUUGAAUUGGUGAAAGCUUAUGCCGAAGACGAGAGCCUUUUUUUCGAACAAUUUGCGAAGUCUAUGGUAAACAUGGGGAACAUUCAGCCUCUUACUGGAAUCAGUGGUGAGAUCAGGAAAAACUGUCACGUGAUUAACUAAAAAUACUUGUGUCUGCAUAGUAAUAUUUUAUUAUGGGAGAUGAGGAAUAAGUCGUAUUAUGUUAAAGAUGUAAUGUAAUUGAAUGGAUAUGGACUGUUGUUUGAAGA